AUGGCACUGUUUCCUCGUAAUGACGCCUUGAGAACCAACCCACCGGCGGGUGAUCAGCAGCUAUCGACCAAUGGCUCCAACUGGCUGUUUGCUGUCACGGCCAUCUUUGGCUUCUCCCUCCUCGGCUACUUUGCCUUGAAGUUCCGCGCCAAGAAUGGCGAGCGGUUCUUCCACUACCUCUUCAUCAUCGCCAACUUCACCGGCCUCAUCGCUUACUAUGCCAUGGCCUCUGACCUAGCCUGGGACCCCGUCCGCAAUUCAAUCAGCUCGUACGCAGCGGCGCGAUCCGCAAAAUCUUCUGGGCAAGUUACGUCUUCUGGGUGA